AUGACGCGACCCGCAUUACGAAGACACGCUUGGGACUCAGUGGACUCGGACCUGUUCGAGCGGCAGGAGGCAGCGCUCUCCCACUGGGCGGAGGAGCUCAGGAGGAAACAGCGGCUCUUCGCCGAAAGAGAGCGCGUCUUUGAGGGGACCCGCCUGGCUCUGGGCGGGCCUCGGAGACGCCGCGGUCCUCCACCCGCUGCCUCACCUGCAUUGGAGCAUUCGCCGUGGAGAGUGGGCGUCACAGGCCGAGCUUCGGCUGCUCACCCUCCCGCCGCUCCGCUCCUCGCUCGCCCGCCAGCCGUUUUACUUUCCGGCCCUUCUACUUCGCCAGGCCGCAGCGACGCUGCCUCCCACCUCGGCUCAGGGGAGGCUUUCUCGCUUGGCGGCUCAGCUGUUUCCGCUAGGGAGAAGCAAGGCUCACGCCGCCGUCGCUCUUCCUGUUUGGAGCAGCAGGAUCAGUCGGCGAGCAAAAUGGACUUUUUCCUUUCACCUAAUCCAGAGACUGUUCACCACCCACCUAAGCCAAAGACUGUUUACUGUGACUACAUCCUGGACUACCCCACUAAUACUCACCAUCCUACCUCCGAAGAAACUGUUUUUCUAUCAUCACAGGCCACUGCUAGAGACCUUAACCCUACUGAACCUAGUGAUUUCUCCCACUCAAUCACCAUUUCCUCGCCUGUCACUCACCCUCUUGCUGCUAACAGGGCAGCUCAGAGCCUGCCUUCCCCUCCAUCUGCUCAGCCUAUCCCUGUAGCACCCCCUCGGGUGGAUAGGGUCCAGCUAGCACCCACACCGGUGCCGGCUCCCAGGACGAGAGCAGCGGUGACCCAGUCUACCUCCACACCCGUUCCUGUUUCUCGGGUGGGGGUGACUGGUGUCCAGCCACCUCCCGCGCCUGUCCCAGCGCCCAGGCUGAGGGCGGCCAGGAUCCGGCCUGACCCCCCUAGAGACUCAGCUGAGGCUCUCUAG